CCAUUUUAAAAGUUUUUAGGUUAUAUUUCAGUUUGGUUUUGAUUAAAUCAGGUUAUCAAACAUUGACUAUGAAACUUUAAUACGCAAAUUAAUCUAUGACAUGCUUUUUAAUCAAGUUCUUUUGUAUUUUUGAGAUUAAACAAUUCUUGUUAAUUGGAUCGAACCUCCUAAACCAAGAACCAUGGAUGUUACCAAAUAUUUGCUGUCCACCCUUUAACAAAUCUGAUUUUUGUAUCAGAACAAAGUCCCUUUAUUCAGAUCUGAAGAACACAAGAGAACAAGAAACAUAGUUCUCAAAGUGUUUAACUCUGUGUUCCAAUAUGUCCUCAACACCAACAGAUCCUUUGCAAUUUCUAAUCCAACGGUUUCAAAACUACAAAUCUCAUCAUCUUCUUCAACAUUUUCCUGCAAAAUCUUCAGCUGUCUUAGUUUGUAUAUACCAAGAACAAGGAAAAGAUGGAAAGGACCUACGUGUGAUCUUAACCAAACGCUCCUCUACUCUCUCUUCUCAUCCUGGAGAAGUAGCAUUGCCUGGAGGGAAAAGAGACGAAGAAGAUGCAGAUGAUAUAGCUACCGCGUUGAGAGAAGCUCGUGAAGAAAUCGGUUUAGAUCCUUCUCUUGUUACAAUCAUUUCUGUUCUUCAACCAUUUGUUAACAAGAAGGGAAUGUCAGUUGUACCAGUUAUCGGUUUUCUACACGACAAGAAUGCAUUUAACCAGCUACCAAAUCCAGCUGAAGUAGAAGACAUCUUUGAUGUUCCGCUAGAGAUGUUUCUCAAGGACAAGAACAGGAGAGCAGAGGAACGAGAGCAUGGAGAAGAAAGAUAUCUUCUUCACUACUUCGAUUACUAUGUGGAAGACAAAGAGAGAAACUUUGUUAUAUGGGCACUCACUGCUGGUAUUCUGAUCAGAGUUGCCUCCAUUGUUUAUCAGAGAUCUCCUGAGUUUCAAGAACUCAAGCCAAGCUUCUGGAAACAACCAAACUGAUGUUUCUUGAAAUGUAUUCUUGUAAUAAUCGAAAAAAACAAAGCAUGUAACUAAAUGUGUUUCAAAGAUCUUCUCGUCUUUACUC